AUGAAGGCUUUCGUAGCAAUUCUCUGUCUGACUGCAUCAGUUCUUGCUGAACCGAGCAAAGUCAUCCAGAAGCGCAGCGGCCUCGUUGGUCACUAUGCCGCCGCAGCUCCUUUAUACGCCCAUGGGUACAGCUUGGGUGGAUAUGGGGGCUAUGGGUAUGGCUCCGGAUUGGGGUCAGGCCUAGCAGCUGCGUUAGCUGCUGGUACAGGCCCUGGUGUAGCAGUUGGUGGAAUCGGUGGUCUAAGUGGUGGUACGAUAGUUGGGGCUGAUGUCCACACAACGGUUACCAAGCAUGUUGGCAUACCAGUACCAGCACCCUACCCUGUAGCAGUUGACAGGCCUUACCCUGUCCCAGUAAGAGUUAAUGUGCCCGUGCCAGUGGACCGUCCCUACGCCGUGGCAGUCCCUAGGCCUUACCCUGUUGCCGUUGAAAAGCACGUCGCUGUUCCCGUUGACAGACCAGUGCCCGUCCCCGUGCCCCACGCGGUGCCUUACCCCGUUGUCAAGCAGGUUGGAGUCCCAGUGCCAGCACCUUACGCUGUCCCUGUUCCCAAACCAGUCGCUGUGCCAGUGCCUCAUCCCGUUGCCGUACCAGUUGUGAAGUCCAUUGUGUCGUCGGGAUUAGGUUUGUCGGGCUACGGAGCAUCCAGCUACGGUGCGUCGAUAUAUGGAGGACUUCAUGGACACGGUCUUUCUUCUAAGAUCUGGUGA